AUUGGGAAAAUCAAGCAGCCACGCCGUGAGGGUACAUUUCCCGCCAACGAGAGUCCACCUACGUGAUGCUUUUCGGCGGCAAACAAUCGUGAGAUGUUCCCAGCUUGGUGAUCAAGAGAGUCAAGUGUUAGUUGAGUCCGUUGUGCCUGUUGAUCGAGAAGUGGCUCACACCGUGUGAAUUAUUUUUGUUAAUGUGAAGAAUCUUUCGGAUUUCGUGUCCUGAUAUCGUUGGAGACGUAGUUCUGGGGAGCAUCUCUUGGGAGAGGACAUCAGCUUCAGCAGUUUUUGCCACACAGAAAGAUGUUAAGUGUUACGACUGCUACGGUGCAUCGGGCUAUGUGCCCAGGGACACCUCAAAACACUACACCAGAGCGAAAAGACCGAUCCUGGAGUUGUGACUACAACGCGAUUUCUAAACGCCGUUGCAGAGCCGCAGCAUCAAGAAAGAAUCUCUCCCUUCGUCUGAGUGAUCCACUCGAAUUGAAUAUCGAAGUCUCCAGUCAUCCAAUCCCCGCCGAGAAAACACCAAAAUCAAAAAUUCCAAUCACUAAAAUCCACGCCAACACCAUAAGUACAUCGAGACCACGCAGGCAUACCGUGGCCCCUUCGAAGCAAGAAAACACCCCCACGCACGGUCUGUACUUCAAUCCCCUCUACAAAGAGGCAUCUCGAAAAGCUGCUGAGGAAGUUGCAGCCAGCUCAAAGGAACCCAGUGAUGGACUCAAUCACAAGUGUUCAAAGACUACUCCUCAGCCGAAACUGGCCUUACCAACUGCAAUCGAUGGGCAAUCAAUUAAGGAAAAUGAACAGAAAAGCGAAGAGAAAAAUAAUGACGUGGAAGAUCGUGAAGAACCAGCAAACUCGUCUCUCCAACAAUUAAUCAAUAUCUCGCCAUCAGAGACUGGGGGGAAACGGAAACGUGCAUCAGAAUCUAGAAUGUCAGCAGCUCUCAAGAUGUUGAAAUCAGAUACGAAUGAUGUUGAUCAUUCAAAACACAGGCCUGCUUUAGACUCCACAAUCCAAGAGUCCCAACCAAACGAGGACAGCAUCAAUGUGUCCAGGAAUACCUUCUCGAAGGGUGUUCACCCCUUGCAAAGCCAGAUUGACAGAGACACUUGGAACAGUGAGGCGAAUUGGAAUAAAUUCCAACAGGAGAAUUGGGACUACAAUCAGCAAGACAACUGGGUCAAUCCAUAUUGCGAACGCCAGGAGAUUUGGCAUAAUCCACAAUCUAGCAAUUGGGAUAGUUGGGACGAUGGUCGUCCGCCGGUAGCUGCUGAAGAUUCCUUCAGUCAGCUCCAGCCAGAAGAGCCUUUCUACAUGACUGGGUUCCCAAAUCCACCAGCGGAGAAUCGGUGCUGGCUCAAUGCCACCCUUCAAAUAAUCUUUGCCUUGCCACUCGUGGAUCCUCUGGGGAGACUCGAUAUGACGAGGUGCUCCAUGCUCACCAAAACACUAAUGGCUAUUCAGUUGUUCUGGAGAAAAGGGGCUGCUGACAGAGAAAAGACUUAUCAAACUGUCGCUCGCUUCAAAAACCAAUUGGAUAUCCUAGACGAUUCUUACUCGUCCUACCGUCAACAAGACGUCUCGGAAUUUCUGAUGAAGCUCCUGAAUCAUGUGAAGAACGACUGUGACAAAAUAAUUAAAGAGAUGAAGAGUUCUGACGAGACUGAGAACGUUCCUGAUGCGAAUGUCGUGAAAACCGCUCAGCGAUCCCCUCAGACACCGACUAAACGUCUACCGUUGGUUCAAAUAUCCCCCUUCAAGAGCAGAAAUGAUUCCAGUAAAGUGCCCGCCUCAGCAUGCAGUCCAAAGUCUCAGGAGUCCAGUGAAGAAUUACCAGAGUUCAUCCAAAAUCCCAUUGACGAAUUCUUUCUUCUUCCUAUGAUGGAGCGCUACGUCUGUGAGAACUGCCAUAAACAUCGCCAACGCAAGGUCGACAACAUGAUGUUGUACGUUGAUCUCCCCGAGAACACCACCAAUCCCAUCGAACUGGCUGAUGCCAUUGGAAAAAGUCUUGAGCCAGAAGAUCGAACUCUCACAUGUAGCAAAUGCAAAUGUGAAAAGCACAAGCUCUUUACAACCUUCAGAAGACUACCCAAUGUGCUUAUUGUUCAGAUAAAUCGCUACGCGAUGAGUGAUGGAUACGUCGCUAAAAUGAAUUCCAUUGUUCAUAUUCCUGAGAAUUUGGAAAUCACCAGUGAUGAAAUAAAAAAUGAAGAUCACCACGGUCAGAAAUUUAUUCCAGUGUGUAUAAUAGCCCACGUAGGUAGUGCAAUGGACUGUGGGCAUUACACGAGUUACGUGAAGCACGGUGAACAGUGGUUUCACUACAAUGACAUGAGUGUAACUCCAAUGUCAACCAGCGAAGCCCUUACAGCUGCCCAAAAUACAGCCUAUCUUGUGUUCUUCGUAAAUGCCAAUCUCCUCCCCAGUUCCACGAGUCUUGAGGAUGUACCAGAAGAAAUAUUUCGAUAGCAUCUUGCCAGAUUGGGAAUCAUAUCUUACUGGUUUCGAUUAUGAGCGAUGAUCACUUGGAUCUGAAUAUGUAAUUUGUCAAUGGCUUGUCAUUUUAGGACUGUGCAUUGAACAUAAGUGAAUCCAAGAGAUCUCUCGCCUCUUGAUCGCUCUAUACACCUGCAGUAUUCACUGUGUCCUAUAUUUCGUGCCUUGAAUGAACUUUAGUGGGAAUAUGUUCCAUCAACAUCUUCAUUAUAUUCAGAUCUUUUUCUCUUAGAUUUAGGUGUACAUAUCGACGCAUUUAUCUUUGAGUAUAUGGAAAUCCUAGGGUUUUUAGUAAUUGGUAUUCAAUUCAGAGUCAUUGUAUUUUUCUUGCUCUAAUAAAAGAAAUUUAUCGAGGUAAUGUUCAAUAAAUUA